UACAUUACGUUAUCAUGGCCGACACAGCUGUAGCAUCAGAGGCGCCCGCACCGGCGACCCCUGCGAAGAAGCCGAAGUCCUCCGCGUCCGCACCCGGCGUCAAGAAGGCGAAAGCUAAACCCACGCACCCGAAGACCUCCGAGAUGGUGAACAACGCCAUCAAAGAGCUGAAGGAGCGCAGCGGAUCCUCCCUGCAGGCUAUCAAGAAGUAUAUAGCCGCGCAGUACAAGGUCGACGCCGAAAAGCUGGCGCCGUUCAUCAGGAAGUAUCUGAAGAGCGCAGUCGAGUCCGGAGCGUUGAUCCAGACUAAGGGCCAGGGCGCGUCCGGAUCGUUCAAGCUCGACAAGUCCAAGUCUACGACUGCGAGCAAGAAGAAGAAGCCGGCGUCGGCCAAGACCGCAGGCGCCAGGGGUUCGUCGGCGGCGUCCGCUUCGGCGAAGUCUAAAAAGAAGGAGACCGCUGCCGCCUCCGCCGGCGGCAAGGCUAAGAAGGCCGGCGCCUCUGCCGCCUCGUCCUCCGCCUCACCGGCGAAAUCGAAGGCCGCCAUAAGGGACAAAAAGGCUGCAGCCGCCAAGAAGAAGCCCGCCCCGAAGAAGGCCGCCACGCCGGCGAAGGCCAAGGGCGGCGCCGCGCCCAAGGCCAAGAAGACCGCCAAGCCGCCCACCAAGAAGCCGAAAGCUCCCAAACCCAAGAAGGCGGCCGCCGCGCCCAAGUCGAAGCCCGCCGCUAAGAAAGCCGCAGCCGCCAAGAAGUAAUCGGCCGGAGCGGAGGAACCUCUCGGUGGUGGUGGUGUGCCUGCCGGAUGACCGACCGACCG